CUCCUCUGUGGCAGACUAUACUUUAGUGAGUGUAGUGUAUCUCCAUACAUACUGUACCUCGAGGGUGGCUCUGCACGGAUUCUUCCACUGGCAUCCUUGGAUGAUUGGCUGUGCUGUCAGAAUAAGGAAUACUGGACAUCUAUCCACAUUUGAAACAUGACACUCACAACCAGAGCAAGGACAUAUAGUUGCAACUUUUUUCAAAUGUUACGCGUUUAUUUUCGGGAAGAAGUGACAAUUGCACUUUAAAUCGGUGUAGACGUCCGUUUUCGUUACUUUUCUGAUGUAAAGGAAAGGAAGGGCGAAGCCACAGCCUUCCUCGACGGGGAGGAGGGUUACAGGAAGGUCUCUGAGCCACAACUUAGCACACACCUUCCAGUCUCCGGGUGCGCUCUGGGUUCAGUCUCUGCUGCGCGCUACGACGUUCAGAAAAUGGAAAAUAAAAUAAACGGAAAGAUGAGCACCAUCAGCACUCCUAUUUCCGAUUCUACCAACACGAGAGCGAGUGACCUGGUUGAAGCUGGUUACAGUAGAUCUAAUACUAAAUUAUCUAACGAUGCGCGGUCUCUGACUUGCAUGUCCUCUGCGCGUAACUUUGGAAACGCUGGCGCACAGAUCCACAGUCUCAGUACAAGCGGCGACGGCACCGUUUUUAAAGACUGCAACAUUCUCGAUGCUUCACUUGCUGGAAAACCUUUUUAUGAUCGGAACAAUGACUUUCUGAAGUGUGACAGUGUUUCUUGGGAGAAUUUUGUUAAAGUUCAGAGGAUGAAUGUGGCCGCUACCGAAAGUUUGCCAGGCGCAGACUUAAGCCUGUCCACGAGCACCGGAGCGUGCAAGUUCAUCAAAGAUGAGAGUGAGCCUUCUGUGAUUAUGGACAACCCUUGUCCAAACUUUGAUUCAUCAUCUGAGAUGUCUGCUCUUGACACCUGCUGUGACGCCGACAGGAAGACGCAGCUGCAAAUUGGCGACGGUGAAUCGACAAGCUUUACGCCAGUGGUUCCUCGACCAGGGCUGGAGGGCUCUCCAAACUUUUUGAUCGACCUGAACCAGUCAGAGCAGCUAGGGAACCCGGCGAGGACUGACUCCAGAUGCGGUUUAUCCGGGAAGGCUGUCAUCAACUUUGAUUCCAACGCACAGGCAAAUACGCAACUAGCGAUGUACAAAGCCGAGGUUCCCCGAUGGCAGAUGCAAACGUCUCCGGCUGAACCCCAGUACUGGUGCCAAUCAGUGGGGGUGACCGAGGACCCGUUCACAUCCAGCGGGUUUGAUGGGAUCCAGAACCAGACCCUGUCACAGAGGAACUCAUCACCUUUCUCUGCAUUCCCCGGUAUGCCACCUCAGAGAGUGUGUGUGAUCUGUGGGGAUGAAGCAUCCGGCUGCCACUACGGAGUCUUAACCUGUGGAAGCUGUAAAGUCUUUUUUAAAAGAGCGGUUGAAGGCCAUCACAGCUAUCUCUGCGCUGGACGCAAUGACUGCAUUGUGGACAAAAUUCGGAGAAAAAAUUGCCCCGCGUGUCGCCUUCGAAAGUGCUAUCAAGCAGGAAUGAUGCUUGGAGGCAGAAAGCUGAAGCGUUUUGGGGCCUUGAAAGCCUUGGGUUUGGCCCCGUCCUUGAUGUUCCAAUCCCACUUGUCCAUGUCCAAUGACAAUCAGGCCUUGACCACCAUGUCUUGCAUAUCUGGCAUCCACGAGAUGCAGCUAUCCCAACAAAUCCUCAGCAUCCUGGAAAACAUCGAACCGGACAUUGUGUUCUCCGGUUACGACAGCACCCAGGCCGACGUUCCUCAUCUUCUGCUCAACAGUCUCAACCGGUUGUGCGAGAAACAGUUGCUGUGGAUCGUCAAGUGGUCCAAGUCUCUGCCAGGGUUCCGUAAUCUUCACAUCACUGAUCAGAUGACUCUCAUCCAGUACUCGUGGAUGAACCUGAUGGUGUUCUCGCUCGGCUGGCGCUCCUUUCAGAACGUCACCAGCGAAUUUCUGUACUUCGCACCCGAUCUGAUUCUUAGUCAGGAACAAAUGAGGAGGUCUCCGAUUUACGACCUCUGCCUGGCGAUACAGUUCAUUCCUCAGGAGUUCGCCAAUCUCCAAGUGACCCGGGAGGAAUUUCUCUGCAUGAAAGCCAUAAUAUUACUCAACACAGUGCCUCUUGAAGGACUCAAAAGCCAGGCAGCAUUUGAGGAGAUGAGACAAAGCUACAUCCGGGAGCUGACCAAGGCCAUUCACAUGAGAGAGAAGGGCAUGGUGGCCAGCUCCCAGCGAUUCUACCACCUCACCAAGCUCAUGGACGCCAUACACGAUAUAGUGAAGAAGGUCAACCUGUACUGUCUGACUACCUUCAUCCAGGCAGAAACCAUGAAAGUUGAGUUUCCAGAGAUGAUGUCAGAGGUGAUUGCCUCCCAGCUUCCCAAGGUCCUGGCAGGCAUGGUGAGGCCCCUCUUGUUCCACACCAAGUGACGACGCCAGCACAGACAUGGCAGCUCUGCGGAGACAGCUCGUGACUGGACAGUUACUGGAUUUUUCAUUGCCUUCGCAAAUGUAGUCAGGCACCUAUCUACGCUUUUCAAAAUGCGACCGUCUAGAGGAGAAACUGAAUGAACGUGUUUCUUGAAAUGUUUUUUAGCAAGACAUUUUCUCAAUAUUUUAAAUUCAGAGCCGUCAAUCAAUAAAGCUCAUCUAUAUUA